AUGACUAAGCGGACAAACAAACAAAGGAAGCCUCGAGAUGAGGAGUCAUCAGAUGAAGUCAGUGGAUUAACAUGUCAGCAUGUUAGUAAAGCUGUGGACCUGAACUCUGUGAAGAAGUCUGUGCUGUUGAGUGUGUGCUUGGUGUGCUCGGAGUGUCUAAAAGAAAGGACCCUGACUGAGGGAGAGUCAAUGGGAUCACAUGAAAUCCUCGUCUGUCUCAAGUGUGGAUUCCAGGGUUGUAAUAAGUCAGAAAUUCAACAUGCUGAGAAACACCACCAAGCAUUUCAUCAUGAGUCCCACUGCAUAACAAUAAGUCUAAGCACAUGGAAGGCCUGGUGUUUUGAAUGCAAUGAGGAACUAUCCACUCACUGCAACAAGAAGGCUUUGGCUCAGACUCUGGACUUUCUUCAAAAACAGUCUGCAAAGGCAUCAGCAGUUUCACCCAAGACAAUCAAACUACGAGAUGAAACGUCAGAUUUUUCAGAUUCAUCAAGAAGUAAAAAUCCUGCAAUUAACAGUACCUUGGUUCCCGUGAAAGGCAUUACUAAUCUGGGCAAUACAUGCUUCUUCAACGCCGUCAUGCAGAAUCUGUCACAGACUCACAUGCUGAUAGAUCUAAUGCAGGAAGUGAAGGAAAAGGGAUACAGACUGCGAAUCUGCCCGCCUGCUGAGGCAAAUCUAAAUCCGCUCUCCGUGACACUGACUGGGCCUGAACCUCUGACAUCAGCAAUGUUUCUCUUCCUUCAGACAAUGAAAGAGUCAGGAAAAGGCCCUGUGAAUCCCAAGAUUCUUUUUAACCAACUGUGUCAAAAGGCACCACGCUUUAAAGGUUACCAACAGCAAGACAGCCAGGAGCUUCUUCACUAUUUACUGGACUCCAUACGAGUAGAAGAAACAAAGAGGGUAAAAGCAGCCAUUUUAAAGGCUUUCAAUAAUCCAACUGAAAAGACAGCUGAUGAAGAGACAAAACGUAAUGUCAAAGCUUAUGGCAAAGAAGGUGUGAGGAUGAACUUUGUUGAUCGCAUUUUUGUUGGUGAACUUACAAACACAAUCAUGUGUGAAGAAUGUGAACAUAUAUCAACCGUUAAAGAGGCCUUUAUAGAUAUUUCAUUACCCAUCAUAGAGGAGCGGACUUCAAAACCAUCAAACCCUGGACGACUGGGAAAAGUAGUGCGAGAACAGGACAGCCACAUUAUGCACAACGAGCAACUUCACUCUGCAGCUCACAACAAGAACAGAAGACUAAGUGCACAGAAACUACAAGGUAAGAGAAGUUCUGUGCCUGUUGAAGAUAAAGGAGCAGUUUGUGGAGUAGUGCGGUCAGAGGAAGAGGGAGUAGCUGGCGGAUCCUGUCGGGGAGUGUCCGUUUGCAAAAUGGCAUCUGCUGGAAGUCUUUCCGAUGGCAGUGAGAGGGACUCGGGGGCUCAGGACAGCAGUAAUGACGCAGACAGUGAAGCAUCGGAAAGUGAAUGGACCCCACGUCCACCCUCCGCUUGUCAUGCACACACCUCGUCCUCCAGCACCACCCUCACGCCAUCUCCCACUGGGAACUCCUCCAUGCCACUCAAUAGUCGAACUGGAGCCGCUGUCGACCAACUUGUAUCUGCAGUGUCCAAAAUCAACAUGGGUUUAGCUUCUGGGGACGGUUCCAGCUCCACACACGGUUGCCCUGAUGAGGCCCCUGAUGCAGACGAUAAUGCCCAGCACCCUCACCAGCAGGGGGCGUUCCAAGCGCUGUCUCACAGUUACACGCCCAGCUCUAAAGAGUGCUCUGUUCAGUCCUGCCUCCAUCAGUUCACCUCUGUGGAGCUGCUCAUGGGCAACAACAAACUGCUGUGUGAGAGCUGCACCGACAGGAGGCAGAAGCAGCUGCGCAAGACUGGAGCCUCAGACAAAAAAUUUGAGAAGAUUUACACCAGUGCAAGAAAGCAAAUGCUAAUAUCUUCCCUGCCACCUGUCAUCACUUUGCACCUGAAACGCUUUCAUCAGGCAGGAAUGAACCUUAGAAAAGUCAAUCGGCAUGUGGACUUUCCCCUCAUUUUGGAUUUGGCUCCAUUUUGCUCAGCCUCCAGCAAAAACCUAGCCGCAAGUGAGCGGGUGCUUUACAGUUUGUAUGGGAUCGUUGAGCACAGCGGCUCAAUGCGUGGAGGCCAUUACACUGCUUAUGUAAAAGUCCGCAGUCCGCAGAAGAAAACGGAGCAUCAUCGUAACCUGUCAGGUCUGAAGGAGUCCAGCAGCAGUCAGUGGGUUUACGUCAGCGACACCACGGUUCAGACUGUCCCAGAGUCUCGGGUGCUCAACUCUCAGGCCUACCUGCUUUUUUAUGAGGAACUGUUUUAA